AUGGGAGCCAGACUUAGUAUAUUUCUUGAGAAAAUGAGACCAGAUAUCAAUUCUAAGGAUUUCACCAAUGAAGAAUCAUUUUGUGAAGAAUCAUCUUGUAAAAGCUUAUAUUGUGAAGGAUUAGCUUGCAGUAAAUUAAUUAGUAGAAGUUUAUAUCUAGCUUACAAAGGGUCUGAUUGUGAUAAAACUGAUUUAGAAGACUAUUAA